AGGGUGAGAGUUGACUAAAACAUGUGGUUAGACAUGGCUGCGCCCUGCUGGCAAUGAGAACCGUGACUGUUAAACUGAAAAUGGAGAUAAUUUAGCGCUUAUUUAAAAGAUCAUUCGUGGAAAUUUGAAAUAACAGAUAAACAUGACAGACAACUCCAUGACGAUGAGAGAUGCAAGCCAAGGCCUGACAUCAUCCAGGAUGAGGAUUAUUGAAAUGCUGAAUAAAAAGUUCGAAAAGCUUCCCGAAAGUGAUAGAAAAAUGCUUUCACGUGGUCCCUUGUAUUUGGCUGCCAAUGCUGGGAUUGCUGGCAUGGUUGCCAACAGCUUUUACAGACGAGUUCUCCAUGUCACCCAAGGGCUCUUUACUUCCAGUCUUCCCAUGGCUGUUCUUCCAUUUGUGACAACUGCAGCACUGUACACGGCGACUGUCACGACCCCCCUGCUGUCAGGUGACCUUAACUGCCCAACCUGUGCGCUUAUAAGAGGCGCUUUGGUGGGUGUGGUUGGGGGUGGCAUUUAUCCAAUUUUGCUGGCCUUACCUGUCAAUGCUGGUCUUGCUGCAAGGUAUAACAGUGCACCAAUGCCAGAGAAGGGUAACAUAAUACGCUUCUGGACGAAUUUAAGUAAACCCGUAGUAAAGAAGAUGUCCUUUGUUUUAGUGCUGCAGUGUGUCAUUGGAACCUUCUUGAGCUCUAGGCAUUUUGAGAUCUACCUUAAAAUGCUAAGAAUGCCUGAUUCUGACAGCGAACAGCUGAAUGGUUAAGAUUUACUGUUGAUAUUUGUACAUUGUAAGUCUUGUUGUUAAAUAAAUUACGAAAAAUGGGUCAUCAUGGCCCAGACAUAUUGGAUUGUGCUGUCAUUUGAUCAUGUUUUUGUCUUUGUCCCCUGAAAAUAAAGAUAACUUCUUAACAUAUU